AUGACCAAGAAGGAUAAAGGACCAAAGUUCACAACAGUCACCACCAAGAGCGGAGAAGUCGUCAAGGUAUUUGAGGACUUGGAGUCGUUUGAAACGUUCAUCAAGAAUGAGACGGAGGAUGAAGAAUUUGAUCACGUGCAUUGUCAUUUGAAGUACUACCCUCCAUUUGUGCUUCAUGAGUCGCACGAUGACCCAGAAAAGAUUAAGGAUUCUGCGAACUCGCACUCAAAAAAGUUCGUAAGACACUUGCAUCAGCACAUUGAGAAGCAUUUGCUAAAGGAUAUCAAGGAGAGGGUUCAUUUGCCAGACCUAAAGUUCAAGGAUAAGGGUAAGGAGGAGACCUUCGAGCACAUUGUAUGGAAGUAUAACGAUGUUGCCCAGUACCACGGUAAGGACUUCGAAAUCCAUGUCACUGUGGAAUGCCACAACGAUUCGGCCAUCGUGGAUGUUGACUACCUCACCACCCCUGUAGUUGCAGCCGCAUAA